CAUUAAGUUACCACACGCCGACUCAAAAAAUUCAAGUUAAAACAUGUCUUAUACCGGUCAAUUUCUUAUUGCUGUGGUUGCUCUUGUGAUAGUCCGUGUUGAAGGACAACUUGUAGACCCACGAAUUGCGGGUGGUUCUGAUGCUCCUCAAGGACAGUAUCCAUUUAUGGUUUCUUUACACUAUGUGAAUCCGGUUGAUAAUAGCUCAAAGCACAUCUGUGGGGCCACCAUAUUGAGUGAAAAUUGGGCUUUAACAGCAGGCGGUUGCAUUAUUGGGCCAAACUUCUUAAAUGAUCAUUUCCUUUAUUCUGGAUCUGUUGACUUGGAGUCGGGUGGAAGGACUCACCUGCCGAUCCAAGUUGAAGUGCAUGAAGAUUAUUUUCUAGGUGGCUUUGACAUCGCUGUCAUUAAGGUGGAUCCACCUUUUGACUUUACGGAUCCUUUCAAAUGGGCUCCAGUUUCUCUGCCACAGACUGGGUUUGAAGUCCAGGAGGGAUUGCCAGCUACAGUACUUGGUUGGGGACAAGAAACGCCAAAUACAUCUACCGUGCAGUUUUUGAAAGCAGCAACAAUAUCGACAAUUGAUGAUUCCAACUGUUCCAUGCUGACUGAUCCUGCAAAUAUGAUUUGCGCCGGGACUUCUGAAGGCAACAUUGGACACUGCUACGGCGACAAUGGCGGACCAUUGAUAGUAGAUGGCGUUCAACUGGGUAUUGUCUCUUACUCAAUUGCCUGUGAAUCCACCUUGCCAUCAAUAUUCACUCAAGUUUCUUCUUACAUUGACUGGAUUGCAACUCAUACUGUUUAAUACCUAUGUACUUUAUGUAGUGCGUAUCUUUAAACAAUAAAAGUACUGUAUGAUAUAACA